AACACUACAAUGCACACCGCAUGCUUGUGCCAGGGUGCACAUGUAGGAGUCAGAGGAAAACUUAUGGGCAUCUGUUCUGUCCUUCCACAGUGUCAUGGGUGUGGAUCAAACUUGUAUUGUCAGGGUUGUUGGUGACAAGUGCCUUUUAUCUACUGAGCAAUCUCAGGCCUGAGAUUGAAGAAUUUUAUGAAGAAAAAGUAUAAAAGCAUAUAGGGCAAAUUUUGGCAUAUAGGUCAUGUUUUCAAUAAGUUUUACCUUCCAUUGGAAUCUUUGUUUUCCUGAUUUGCUUUAAUCCUAUAGCAAUUGUAAAUUUUGUUCUGGUGUUUUUUUUUUUUAAUGUAAUGAACCAUCAAAAUAGGUUUAAAAUAAAGGAUUGCAUAUAGUAAGUAAACCCAAAUAAAAAUGUUUUAAUAUACACCAAAUACUUGAGCAAAUAUUUAUUUUGCUUCUACUAACUUAAAUAUAUGUAACUCGAGCACUGUGGAAUGAAUUUCUUUAGCUCUUGACACAUUUGGUAUACAAGGAUAACCGUGGACUAGUGCUUCUAUUUAUUCUGAUGCCCCCUGCCCUCUUAGAUCAUAUUGGCCCUGGUAUUUCUCCAGAUAGGUUUCAAUGUCUUGAUCCUUUCCUGGUGUUUUGUUGUGCAGGUCAGUGUGCCAAGCUCAGCACAUUCAUGUGGGUGUGGCAGAUAUUGGAGAGAUGAGUAAAUGACUUUUAAUUUCUAAUCAAAAUAUAACCAUUUGCUUUAUAGUAAAGAAACAGUAGUUAUAUCAAUUUGGUUCAUGAGAAUUUAAAUGAUUUUUAAUAAUUCAUAAGUUUUUUCAUCCAAAGAGUAUUAGAUUACUGCUGACUUUCUUUGUGUGUGUGUGUGUGUGUGUGUGUGUGUGUGUGUGUGUGUGUGUCAUAGUACAGUGUGGUACUUUCUCUACAAGGUUAAAAGGUAUAUGCCAGUUUUGUUUUCCUAGUAGUAUUCAUAUGAAAUAAUUUCUACAAAUGCUGUAAGGAGAAUGCCUCCAGGAGCCCUUAAGUGCCGUUUACAUAUUAUAAGGAUUGGUCAGUUCCAUUGUCUUCUUUUGUCAAUCUUGAUCGGAGCUUGCAGAGUAAGUCUAUAAGCCUGCAUGUGCCUGGCAACUGUUACCUAGUGACAGUUUCAGCUGCAAUAGCCAUUGGCUGUGCUGUUGAUUGGGGCAGGAGGACCGAGUCACCUUUCUGAUGGUGAGUUCUUCUGCAUCAGCUUGGGAUGAGGAGGAGGAGCAGACGCUGGCUCAGGUGGAGGCAGCAAGACUGAGAAACUGUGAAGAAUCUCCGGCAGCAUCCUGAUAACUGCAUCACAGUAAAUCGGACUUCUGAAUCAAGCAGCCCAGCUUCACAGAUGAUAAGAGUGACUGUGAGUGAGAAGCAUUACCUUAUUCCUGUAACAAGAGAACUAUUUUGUGAUAAGUGAAACUCAGCAUGUCCAAGGAGGAAUAUCCUGUGGCUGACAUAAAAAAAGGACUUCCCUGAAUGAUGUGUUGCUGCACGAGAAAAUAACUUUGAGAAGAAUGCUUUCUGUUAAGCUGCUACAUUGUUCCUGAAGGAAAUGUUUUCAUUUCUAAUGCAUGCUCUUUCUUCAAAAGCUAUGACAACAAAGAGUGACAAGAGACCCCCUGAAUUGCUUGUACUUGGGAAAAAGACUUUGGCAAAUGUUAACUCGGUGCCAGAAUGACCUUGGAAGCCUUUUGGAUGGAUUCUGCCCUGCCAGAAUCGUAGUAUGUCAAAGUCCAGGAUUUAAACCCAUCUUGAUGUUUUGAGUUAUUUUAAAACAAGACUAUUUCCCAGCCUACCUGAUGACCCUGCUUUAAUUGAGCUUUUGCUUAAAAUAGAAUACAGAAACAGAAGAGGCAUUUUCUUAGCAUAUGGCUGCUAAUAACUGCAUACAUAAUAAACAAGCUCACCCUCCUCCUCCUCUAUUCCCAAAGCUGAGAUGUGUCACUGGUGAACUAAGGCUGAUGAAGAGACCUGAGCACACUUGGAUGCUCAGCUGUAAUACAGGCACUGGCACUUUCUACUGAAGCAGGUUUUGAGACACUGAUUUGCAGAGUUUAACAGAUGCUGGCACAGACACCUGCUUGCUGGAGCCAAAGCUACAAAUUCCCGUAAUUCCAAGCCAUGAAUGAAUCCAGGUGGACUGAAUGGAGGAUCCUGAACAUGAGCAGUAGCAUUGUGAAUGUAUCCGAGCAUCACUCCUGCCCACUUGGAUUUGGUCACUACAGUGUGGAGGAUGUCUGCAUCUUUGAGACAGUUGUUAUUGUCUUGCUGACAUUUCUAAUCAUCGCUGGGAAUUUAACAGUCAUCUUUGUCUUUCAUUGUGCUCCACUGUUACACCAUUAUACUACCAGCUACUUCAUACAGACAAUGGCAUAUGCUGACCUCUUCGUUGGAGUUACCUGCUUGGUUCCUACUCUGUCCCUUCUCCAUUACUCUACAGGUGUCCACGAAUCAUUGACUUGUCAGGUGUUUGGAUAUAUUAUUUCAGUUUUAAAAAGUGUUUCUAUGGCCUGUCUUGCUUGUAUCAGUGUGGAUCGCUAUCUUGCAAUAACGAAGCCUCUUUCCUACAAUCAACUGGUCACCCCUUGUCGACUGAGAAUUUGCAUUAUUAUGAUUUGGAUUUAUUCCUGCCUAAUUUUUUUGCCUUCCUUUUUUGGCUGGGGCAAACCUGGUUACCACGGUGACAUUUUUGAGUGGUGUGCCACGUCUUGGCUCACCAGUGCCUAUUUUACGUGCUUUAUUGUUUGUUUACUCUAUGCGCCUGCUGCCUUGGUUGUCUGCUUCACUUACUUUCACAUUUUCAAAAUUUGCCGGCAGCACACCAAAGAGAUAAAUGACCGGAGGGCCCGAUUCCCUAGCCAUGAGGUAGAUGCCUCUAGAGAGACAGGACACAGCCCUGAUCGUCGCUAUGCCAUGGUUUUAUUUAGGAUAACCAGUGUAUUUUACAUGCUAUGGCUUCCGUAUAUUAUUUACUUUCUUCUAGAAAGUUCUCGUGUCUUGGACAAUCCAACACUGUCCUUCUUAACCACCUGGCUUGCUAUAAGCAAUAGUUUUUGUAACUGUGUAAUAUACAGCCUCUCCAACAGUGUUUUCCGCCUUGGCCUCCGAAGACUUUCUGAAACAAUGUGCACAUCUUGUGUGUGUGUGAAGGAUCAGGAAGCACGAGAUCCGAAACCCAGGAGACGGGCAAAUUCCUGUUCCAUUUGAAGAGAACUGCACAGUAAAUCAAAUGUAAUGUGACAGUGGUUUUGGAUUGUAUUCUUGAUUUAUUUGGAAAUUUGCCCUAGAGAAAUAUUUAUGUGAAUAGUUGACUAUGAAGUGAAGAAUGAGAUUAAAGGUCUCUUUUAUUUUCUUUCUGUGUAAGAAAAAAAGCAAAAGGAAAGGAUGUAUAGAGAAUAAUCUGAUAAGAGAAUUACAGCUUGUGAAUAUGUGUUCAGUGUUUUAUCCUCAUCACUUAGGGUCGAAGAGGUACUUCAAAUGUACAAAACAUGCGCACUCCGUGGCAUCUCUUUUCUUGUGUCCUCUCUGCCUAUGUCUCUGUCUUUUAUUUAGGCUUAUUCUGUGUUUUACUCUUUGUACUUGUGGCAGUUUAUUAUUUGCUAAACUGCCCUUUAUGAAAAGUGCAAGUAUAUAUAUGAGGCCAAGUAUAACCUUUCCACCAGAGUAUUGAGACAUGCCAAUCUGCAUCAAUUGUGUUGUCUUUAGGGAGGGUAUACAGUAAAUGUUACAUUUUAUUAUUUUUCAUACAAACCCUGUGUUUAUGUUCUUGUCAUCUUCUCCACAGCACAGAUAUUCCACUACAAACAGAAAGGAGCAGUAUUUACAUGUUUCUUAUGUAAAAUGACUUUUGGUUUCUCCUCCCUUUCCCUAUCGCCUGCUAUUGCCUUUUCAAUUUUUCUCCAUCUCAUUCUUGUGGAACACACUCUGGAAGUGUCUUAGCUGAUGAAAAAAUCCUCUAUUUAAGGGAGUCAAGAUGUUAAACAAGGUAUUCUUCCUAACAAAGCAAUCUAGUAGCUGGGAGGUUGUGUUCAAUAUUUUAACGAUUUUUGGAAACAUUUUUUAUCUGCUUUCUUUGAAGCUAGUUCAUGUGCCUAAAGUCCCUUUUGCUAUAGAAAAGCUUUUUUCUUUUCUAUAUAAAGUCCACAGUCGUCCUAAUGCAGACACAGAACAGUCACCAAUAAUGAAGUAGUAUCACUCUUUGGGCUACUCAUAAUGCCCUCUAGAAAAAGUCAAACACUGAAAUUAUGUGUUAGAUCUGCAACAACUAACUGUCCCACCCAUUACUCAUUUGUGUGAUAUGUAUUUUCAUAUUAGAUUUUUUUUACAGAAAACAAAUUAUAUUAUGUGGCCUGUGCCUAAUGUUUUCUUAGCACAAUACAUAUACUGAUGUUGUUUAAGUUGUCAGCAUUGGAUACAUGUGUAUGAACUUAUUUUAAAAGGAAACUACUUUUGUGUAGUUGUUAUAUAGAUAUUUAUAUUAGAGAAAGCUGCAUUCUUAGUGCUGAUGGUGAUGCAGUAUACUCAUAAAAACACUUUAGAGAUGUCAAUAUUUUGUUUUAUAAUGGUCUGUUUUUGAAUGCGGUUUGAAAUUUCUAUCACACUGCUGAGGAUUUUUCUUCUUAGCACUUAAGACUUCUUAUUUGUUUGUUUUUUUUAAAAAAGCAUUUAAUGAAGCGUGCCUAUGACUCUAACUUAGAAGCUAACCAUGUCUGCACACUGGUCUUUUGACUUCAGAAGUCUAUUAAAGAAAGUUAUCACUUUAUUGAGGAUGUUCUGAACCCCUGUAUAUUUUUUAAAUAUGUAGGAAAGGUUUAAAAUAGUAUUCUAUAUAUCAAAACCAGACUUUGUAUCAGUUUACUAAACCACCAGGAACAAGAGUUAUUUGUUGGGGGAUUCGAAUCAAAUUGUUCUAUACUUCCAUAACUGGAGUUUGUGUGGAUUCUUGUUUCCUCUUUGCUAGUGGUAUCUUAGAUGAAUUGAAGUGUACGUUUUUCAACAGUAUUUCUAACUCUUCAAAUAUGCUAAAUAAAUUCUCCAAUUAUAAAAACUA